UAGAGGUUAUUUUCAUGGUUGUUAUGUUUAUAUCCAAGUAACAUUGAAUGAAAUUAUCGAACAGUUGACAUGCCGGGUCAUCUUUAUUAAAGCGGCCCCGUUAAAGCUGCUUUGGUUAUCAUAACGACUAUCGUUUAAAAAGGUGGUCUGAAAAAUAGACAAGUCGACGUAUAUGUUGUUGGCGGAACGGGCACCUGCCAGUUUCAGAUCGAGAACAAGUCAUCUGUAGUCUAGUCUUAGAAACCAGUCCAGACAUGAGGAUGUAAGCGUGGAAAUCACCGGCCAAAAACAUCAUGUCACGUAAAACACAGAACCAUUAUGAUGAGGACUUUGAAUAUGAUGAACUUGAGGACACAGAAACUCUGAUAUCUAGAAACAAGCCUCCACGAUACAAGUCAGCUCCUGCUAAGAAAACCAAGAAGACAGGUCGCAGACCAGGAUCUCCAAACAAAGCAAAGCCUAAGCUUGGUAAAGAUUUGUGGAUGACUGCCAUCAAGAAACGACAGACAUUGGGAAUUGCAAAUGGCCGCCAUCCAGACACCCCUCAUCACAAGACUCCAAUUGAGUUUUGGGUUGACACUCUUCGUAAAACCGGCGUGGGCAUGAGCACAGAGAGUUCAGGAAACGCUAUGACAGGUCUGAAGAAAGGCAAUGACUUGAACCUGGCCUACCUCAGCACCAGCCACUACAUGCGCCAGAUGAUGGGGACGGAGAAGCCACGGAGGAACAUGGACGACCCCACAGCCAAGGCUCAUGCAGGCACCCCAGCAUAUAAGUCCCCAGAGGAAUACUAUGAUGAUAUCCUGGACUUAAAAAAGCACAUCUCCUCCCUCAGUCAGGACAACUCAACAAUGAAGGCAAAAGUGAGACGUCUGGAAGAAGACAAUAUUAAAAAGGAGAAGGAGAUUGAUGGCCUACUUCACCCGGAAAAGAAUGAGGAGCUGCGACGGACGAUGGGAGAUAGAAAACCCGACACUGGUGCAGUCAUACACAGCCUUAAGCAGAAGAUCCUCAAGCUAGAGAUGCAGCUCCGAGACAAAGAAGCCUCAUAUGUGAAGCUGGUGAGUGAGCUGAAGACAACGAGGGUGGAGGAGAUGAAGAUACAGAUGGAGGUUCUCUACCAGGAACUGCUCCGCUUGCAGAACUCCCACGACACUGGUGCUGACAAAUCUAGAUCAGGAAAGGAAAGUGGUGCAAAGGUGAAGGCGCUGAAUCAGACUGUGCUCCGACUCAGUAAAGUCAACGAGCAGCUGCAGUCAGAGAACAAGGGACUGAAGGAGGACCUAGAGAAGGCCCUGGAGGAAACUCAGGAGGCCCCAUCAGGCAGACGAGAGUACGAGGACAUGAACAAGAGGCAGUUGCUAGUAGCAAUAUCUAAAGCAGAGCGGAGAGCAGAGCGGGCGGAGAGGAAGGCGGAGGCGGACAACACCUCCAUGUUGUCUCUAGACAGUCGACGCAGUGAAGUCCAGGGCAAGAUUGUGCUCCAUGGCAGCAUGGAAGAACGGUUGCACCAACUUGACCAGAGAGAGUCCGAGCUACUGGAUGAAAUUGAGAAACUCAAGGUGAAGGUCAGGAGGCUGAAUAACGAGAUGAGCAAGAAAAGCCGAGAUUCAUCUGGUACACCAAGACGGCGGGACUCCCCCACUGGUGUGACUCCAAGAAGGCGCAGAUCAUCCUCAAUAGACUCAGGCAGAGAGACAAAUGUCCAGAGUUUUUCACAGAAAAAAGCCGCCAAAAGUAUUCAGAGGCAAUGGCGUCAGCAUCGGGAGAAGAAACGUGAAGAAGAAGAGAGAUUAGCUAUUCGAGUCGAGGAGAUGCGUCGAACCCAUGCGGCUCGGACAAUACAGCGGAGGUGGACCAAACAUCAAGGAGAGACCGAGAGAAUGCACAAUGUGAACAAAUUCCGUGAGAAUCACGCAGCAAAAGCUAUCCAGACCAGAUGGCGUCGACAUCGCCAGGACGAAGAGGAGGAUGAGGAAGCAGCAUACGUUAUCCAGUCUGCCCUCCGAGGACAUCAUCAACGGCGACAGAAGCUGAAACGAUAUCAAGAUGAUGAUUAUGACGAUGAGGAGGAGGCAGACUACAGCACAGGAAGUGAUGAUGCUGUCUAUUUGAUACAGUCUUCCUUGAAGGGCCAUUCAGCUCGCCGACAGAGGAUGAGGAAAAUGAGACUGGAUUCAACAGGGGAUGAGGAUUAUGAUGAUGAAGGUCACCGUGGUUACACUGGCCAGAGGUACUCAGGUUCUCGGCGACCGUCAUCGGCUCAUUCUCGGGGAAGUUCCGUAAAGAAAACGUAUGCCACAUACCCCAACUCACGUCAAGCAAGUAUGGACGAUGAUGAUGACAUCAUAACCUGAGGGAGGAUCGAUGUCUCUAGGGGGAGGGGGACGGUGCUGUGACCCUCCCCCAUCACACAGUGCCUGUUGCUCUCAUCAAUUCAUACAUCCACACUGUGAUAUCUCACAAUUCUAGAUUGUCUAAGGACGGCCUACCUUCGGCUGCACAUUUUGCUCAGUAGCUGUUGUCUGACAUGUAUUACUUUUGUAAAUCAGUUUAUAAUAAACAUUGCUUAGUAGGAUCCUGUCAUUGACCAGAAUCAGUGUCUUCGAUAAAUCAUGCUUUAGUGUAAAUACCUGUACAGUAGAAUUACACUGCGUAUGUGUAUGAAGUAUUGAUAAUUUGUGUGUAGGAAUAACACUUCAGUUUGGAGGAUGCUGGAGUCUGCAUCAUGCUUUUGUUUGAAUUUUGCUGCAUAUGAAUAAUGUCAGAAUUAAGCUAUAGUGGGGUCUGUGUUCUGUGCUAAGCUUGUAAACCUCACGGAACAAUGUGUUUCCGGUAACCUGGCCCUCCCAAAAGAUAGGGGUCACUAGGUAGGGCUCAUCUUUUCAUUUGAUUUUCUUUUUGCAAUGUUAACACAGAUGGCUUGUAAAGGACUUGUGUUGGUUGCAAUGUUUCUCAAAUUUGUACAUCAAAAUAUCUACAGCAAUGAUAAAGUGUAGAAAUUCCUGAUAUUAAAUAUGGUUUUCUUGACAACUGUUUCAAGCUGUGUUUAAAAGAAAUUCGAAUCUCUAGUGAAAUGGCAGAUCGGUCGGGUUAUCUGAAACACAAGUUUGUUUUAAGGCUGAAUCAUGAAGUGUGGAUCAUGGUAACCUGCCAUUGUUGAAUUAACUCAGCACCAUUCAGUCACGGCAGCUGUCUGGCAGACAUGAGUUACCCUAUGUGGUAGGAAUGUAGGAUUGAUGUAGGGAGGCAUCUCUGUUUCGUAUUUCAAUGUAUACCAGAGAUGCCUGUGUUGGUGCUGCAUGUUUUACUUCUAUCAUCUGGUUCCACCAUGUUGUAAGUUCUUUCAUAUGUAUUAUAGGCAUUUGCUUACAUGUGUAGGAUUUACACAUAUACAAAAUAAGACGUGAGUAUGUUCAUUAUGUAAACACAAAUUCACUCCGGAGUUGUUUUGCAUAUGGUGCAAAUUUUUACCUAGUUGGACGAGAUGCAGAAGUAUUCUUACAUAUAUUCAAUUUUACACCAAGAGUACCGGUAACUUGUUUAUUGACCCUGAGUGGCUCUUUGACUAGUCAAGAUCCGGGGUAGAACAGGUCUUCAGCAACCCAUUAUUGACGUAAAAGGCGACUAAUGGGAUCGGGUGGUCAGGCACGCAGACUUGGUUGAUGCAUGCCAUCGAUCCCAAUUGUGUGGAUCGAUGCUCAUGAUGUCAAUCAUGAUGUUCCAGACUUGAUUAUUUACAGACUGCCGUCAUAUAGCUCCAAUAUUGCUGAGUUCUGGCGUUCAACAACAAACAAACAAAACAAAAAACUUGGACUCGUCUCCUGUGGCUUUAAGUUAUCUUCUAGCCCUGAACAUUAUAACUGAAAGGUAGGCUUGGUCAUACAGAAUUACUCUUUCCAUUCAGCAUUUGUGAAUGUACCCACGACUAAUCAUUACCUCAAAUCAGAUGUCUGCUCUUUUUGUCCAGAUAGUCCUCCCCCAUGUUUGUCCACAUACGAGGCCAAAACAGAGUGUCGACUCAUUUUAACAAUUAUGUUUAUAUGUAAAAUUGCAUAUAUGUAAAUUAUGCACAUGUAAGCAAAUAUGAGCAUGUAAAUGAGGUUUGCACUUCUUUCAAAUGUAUUAUUUACAGUUUUUAUGAUGUGUACCACAUGUCAUGAUGUGAAUUGAUGGAUAACCAAACAGAUUAUUGUCUUGAUUUGUACACCAGUGCCAUUGUACAAAACAACCUUCGUGCUACGACUGUCGUAAGUCUAUGUUGAGGUAUGGGCAUUAUGAUCACCUGAGCGGUAAGAUCGCUUUGUGCAAUGGCACCCUGAUAUGUAAAGAGAUGCAGUAGUGUUCUUACAUCCAUGGUAAUUAUCCAGUAAACAUGAUCAGAGGCAGAACCAUGGACAAGUGACCAGCUUGUCACCGUAUUGAUAUUAUAAAUUUGUAUAUUUUUAUUUGUAAUCUACAUUGUUUACAAGAGCAACUCUGACUUGGCUGUUUUUCAAGAUGGUGAAAUAGGUGUGCAUUUUAUGAUAACUAAUUGGGUAGGGUUAAUCUAGAAUGUGAUUAUACACGCACGUAAACAGGACUGUAACAAGCCACUGUGCACUGAGGAAUCGGGCGGUGGGGUAGCCUAAUGGUUAAUGCGUUUGCUUGUCAUGCCAAAGGCCCAGGUUUGAUUCUCCAUGUGAGUACCAUGUCUGAAGCCCAUUUCUGGUGUCCCCCGCCAUAAUAUUGCUGGAAUACUGCUUGAAGCAGUGUAAAACCAUACUCACUGAGGAAUCACUACGUUAUGAGUUGAAGUAUUGUUUAAUGAGGUUAUGUAUGGGUUUUGAGUAGAUUAAAAUUUAACAUUGCAUUAUCAAUAUUUCAGCCAUAUCGACAUGUUGUAUGACAUGAAUCAUGCAUGAGAUAUACUUUUCUGGCAGUAAGGUUCUCAAACCAUUGUUAGUUUAAAUAAUUGAUAAAGUGUAUCUGGUACUCAAUAUGUUUUCCUGGACAAACUAUUUACCCGUUGAUGAUUGAAUCCAGCUGGAUUAUGUGAUCACUUUUCAUGCAGCAUACCUUCGAUCAUAUCACAACCUUCCUGUGUUGAUGCAUGUCAUAAUGUGACAGUGUAUUGUUACAGUGCUGUACAACAAAUACGUCAUCUCACAUUCCACGAGUCUGUCAUUCAGACCUAUUCUAGUUCUGUAGUUGCAUAGCUUUUAGAACUGAUUUACUGACACAAUGUCUUGAUUUUACAUGGUGGAUUCUGAACUUCUUAUAUUUUCCCUAUUUUUUAUGUACUUACACCACUAUGGUGCGUUAUGCCCAUUGUUUAUUGGUGGGGUGUUAUUUUUUGUAACAACCCUGCACAUGCAAUUGCCGCGACUGGGGACUGGGCCUCAGUUCAUGAUGUCGUGUAGAGCACUUCGCUUCUAGGCCCACAUAGUGUAUGUGCUUUUGGCUCACUCUUGAGGAGGGCAAUAACCUAUACAUAUCCAGCUUGAGGCUGACUGCUCGGUGUUCAGGGCAUGACAGUGGAAUAGAAGCAGACAAUAUAAAGGAAAUUAUGUCAUCCACAAAGUUGGGACAUUCUCAACCUGAAACUGUAAUUUAUGAAAUAUCCUUGGUGUCAGUUUCUUGGACUUCCUAUUAGUAUUACCUGGUAGUAUCUGAAGCCAGUCAGAUGAAGAAUCCGUCCAUAUGUAUUAAUUUAUUUCUAAUUGAUGAAUAGUAUUUAUUCUCUACUAUGUUGGAUUUCUGUACUCCCAAUUUGUUGAGAAAUUCUGUGAUCUUUAAUAAAUGUUACAUAAAUUAGCCUUUUGUGUUCUUCUCUUCAUUGUGGAGUAUCCCUUCACCUCAACAGUGCCCACUGACAAUAUUUCAAAAGGAUAUCUUUCAAGUCUUUUGAAAAGAUCAUCAACAAUGUCUUGACAGUAAAUAUGAUUUAAUUCAUUAUCAGAGAUUGCAUUAUGUCCAUCUUUUGGCGUAUGUACACGGUAUUCUUUGUGAAACAUCAUGUGAAGAACAAUGCCAUCAACUGUUGGAAGACCAAUCAUCCAUUUUACUGUAUACUUACUUUAAAUUCUUCAACAAUAAAAUUCAAUGAAAUAGUUUAUGUUUUCUUAAACAUGAUGACAUGGAUCAAAGGAUAGUUACAACAGUAUCUUCUGGCAACGUGUGGCAUUUUAGGUACACCUAAAUAUACCAGGAUAUCACCUCCGAACUGUCCAGAUAUCCCCAUUUUUGGCAUAUUUGACAUCAGCAGUGUGAUGCAGACAAAACCAAGUUAUGCUGUUUCAAUGAACAGAACACUGGCACCUCACAUAACUGCACUGAAGUAAGUUGGCAUAGUCUUGUUUCCUGUACCAUCUCAAAGCACACA